UUGAACUCAGGAAGAUGUCUUCCUGACUCCAUCCACUGCGCCACCCAGCUGCCCUGGGUGGUAUAUACUGAAUCAUAAAACGGUAAUAUCCAAAUUCUGUUGACAAAGAGCCCCUUGGCCACAGAACCCAGUUGUGAAGAAGAAGACCUUUGAUGACCAGAAAGAUCAAAUAAGGAACAUCCUAGCUUUUUGAUCUUUUAAGUUCACAGACUUGAAAGGAAGAGGAAGCAUCAGCUGCUUACAUUCUGGAUGCUGCUGCUUCCUUCCUCCCUAACCCACCCCCAUCCAAUCUCCACCAUUUACUCUCUCUGUCUGACUCUUGGUCUCAAAAGGUUGCCCCUCUGAGCAUUGUAAACUUGAGUACGGCUUUUUCCUAGCUCAAGUCCUUUCUUUUACAGGUCAAAAAUUCAUUGUUGCCUUUGGGGUCUGGAAGGCUACAUUCUUGACAGAAGCACAUGUUUUUCAACCAACUAUAUAUUUAUAUGCAUAUGUGUGCAUGGUGUGCGGCAUUGUUCUGAGUGGUUAUAACAUUGAUAUGGAUCGCCCUACAGAAAAGAAGUUACAUAUCAUUUUCAUUACAAAAUAGAAUUCGAAGUACGAUAUCUAGUACAUGUUCCCUGUGACCUUAUCUACAUCGUUCUGAGAAAAAUGAUGCAAAGCCACAUGGUGGCGUUGCAGACUAGGAAGAGGCAGAAAAGCUCCACGAACACACCAAUACCCAGGAAAAAGCCCAGAAUCAGACAGUUCAGAAGCAGAGAGGAAGAUAAAUUAGCUGCCACUGGAGAAAGAGAUCGGCUGUCCCCUCCAGACGGACGAAAGUGGUAGCUUCUGAUUGCCGUUUGCGGUCAAGCUGGGCUACAUGGAUUCACAGGAGAGGGUCGAAAGAGCAAUGGAACGCGAAGGGACGAUGAAUCUACAACAAAGGCAAGUUCUUUUUCUCCUUGUUCUGCUGGGUGUGUCUGGGGCGGCCUCAGAGCCACAGCAGUUUUCAGUAGUGGAGGAGAUGGAGAGAGGCUCCUUUGUGGGCAAUGUGGCAAAGGCCUUGGGCCGGGAGGUGGGGGAGCUGUCAAAUCGGGCGGCCAGAGUCGUUUUCAAAGGGAACAAAGAGUAUUUACAGCUGCAUCCUAAAACUGGGGAUCUGCUCCUGAGAGAGAAACUGGAUCGAGAGGAGCUGUGCGGCUCUGCCGAGCCCUGUGUCCUGCCUUUUAAGAUCUUACUGGAAAACCCUUUUCAGGUCUUUCGCUCUGAGCUUAGGAUACAAGACAUAAAUGAUCAUUCACCAGUAUUCCUAGACACUGAGAUGGUACUAAAAAUCCCCGAGAACACCUCCCCUGGCACUGUGUUUCUAUUAGAAAAUGCUCAGGAUCUAGAUAUAGGAAGCAACAGUCUCCAGAACUACACUAUCAGCCCCAACUCUCAUUUCCACAUUCAAAUUCGAGGGGAUGCAGAGAGAAUGAAAUAUUCAGAGCUUGUACUGGAUAAAACCCUGGAUCGGGAGAAGCAGCCUGAGUUUAGAUUAACUCUCACUGCAGUGGAUGGGGGAGCCCCACCCAGGUCUGGAACUGCCCAAGUCCUUGUGUUGGUUAUGGACAUCAAUGACAAUGCCCCUGUGUUCUCUCAGUCCCGGUAUGAUGUUCAAAUUCCUGAGAACAGCCCUAUUGAGUCCCUCAUUGCUACCGUCUCAGCUAAAGAUUUGGAUGCAGGAAAUAACGCAGAGAUUUCCUAUUCGUUAUUCCAUGCCUCUGAAAGUAUUCGUAAAACCUUCCAAUUACAUGAAAAAUCCGGAGAACUUCGUUUAAAAGACAAACUGGAUUUUGAGUCAGUUCAGUCUUACAUAGUAAAUAUUCAGGCCACAGAUGGUGGUGGCCUUUCUGGAAAAUGCACUAUAGUUGUUCAAGUGAAGGAUUUAAACGACAAUCCUCCUGAGCUGACUAUGUCCUCAUUUACCAGCCCCAUCCCAGAGAACUCGCCUGAGAUAGUGGUCGCUGUUUUCAGCAUUUCAGAUGCAGACUCUGGGGAAAAUGGAAGAAUAGUUUGCUCCAUCCAAGAUGAUCUUCCUUUUGCUCUAAAAUCUUCUUUUGAGAACUUCUAUACAUUGGUAACAGAGGGAGCGCUGGACAGAGAGAACAAGGAUGAAUAUAACAUCACUAUUAUGGUCACAGAUUUGGGGUCGCCCAGGCUCAAAACUGAGCACAAUCUCACAAUAUUUAUCUCUGACGUCAAUGAUAACCCCCCAGUGUUUUCUCAAAGAGCCUACAAAUUGCACCUCCAAGAGAACAACAGCCCUGCCCUCCACAUUGGCAGUGUCAGUGCAAGUGAUAAGGACUCAGGAAUCAAUGCCAAAGUCACCUACUCCCUGCUGCCUCCUGAGACUGGAGAUCUGCCCCUCUUCUCCUACAUUUCCAUCAACUCAGACAAUGGCCAUCUCUAUGCUUUGAGAUCCCUGGAUUAUGAAACUAUCCAAGCUUUCCAAUUCACUGUGAGGGCAGCUGAUGGUGGUUCCCCAUCUCUGAGCAGCCAGGCUGUGGUUCAGGUUUUGGUAGAAGAUGAGAAUGACAACUCUCCAGUUGUGCUGUACCCCCUGCAGAAUGGCACAGCUCCCUGCAAUGACCUGGUGCCCAGAGCUGCAGAGCCAGGGUACCUGGUGACCAAGGUGGUGGCUGUGGAUAGGGACUGGGGACAAAAUUCCUGGCUUUCCUAUCAGCUGAUCAAGGCCACAGACCCAGGACUCUUCACUUUGUUGGCCCACAAUGGGGAAGUUCGAACAGCAAGACCCAUCAGUGACAGAGACACUAUCAAGCAGAAGCUCCUGGUGUUGGUGAAGGACAAUGGGCAGCCAUCUUUGUCCACAAUGGCCACACUGAAUGUGCUACUGGUGGAUGGAUUCUCUGAGCCAUAUGUGAAGAUCCAAGAUUCUAACAAGGAGCAAGUGCAGAAUGACUCCCUCACUCUCUAUUUGGUCAUUUCUCUGGUUUCAGUGUCUUUUCUAUUUCUGGUUUCUAUCAUUCUGUUUAUCACUAUAAGACUGUGGAAAAGAAAGACUGAUGGAGGGAAUGGUCACUUUCCAUCAAGCACCCCCUUCCCGAGUCAUUUGGUGGAUGUCAGUGGCACUGGGACCUUGUCUCAGAGCUACCAAUAUGAAGUGUGUCUGACCAGUGAUUCAGGGAUAAGCGAGUUCAAGUUCUUGAAGCCAAUAAUUCCCAACUUCUCUCUUCAAAAAUCUGAGAGUGAUGCAGAGGAAAAUGCACCAUCUUGUAAUAACUACAAUUAGGAGUACAGUUUUAAGAGCAGACUUUGGGUGUCUUUUUUUCCAGUCAGUUGCACUCAUUCCUAAUUUCUUCCUUAAGAAAUUCAAUAUAUAGCUUGUUUGUAUUUAAUAAUGCAUGUUUACCGUUGUAUCCUCUCAUUUGCAUUAGUAUUAGAAAUUAGUAUUACAUAAUGAACAAUUGCUUCCAAUCUCACAACAAAAUUAAACUAUAGUUCCCCAGUUGCUGGGUAAAUUUUUCUUUUGAAAAUUAAACAAUCCACAUUUUUAAUGUACAUCCAUUUAUUCUUCAUAACACUUUUUAUUCCUUGAUUUUAUCCCCAGCUCUUUAGAUUUUUACUCAGAUAGAACAUUGAGCUAUCUAUUAAUACACAAUGGUGUAAAGUUGGCUUUGCCAUUGCUGUGUGGCACCUGUGCCUCAGUUUCUUUUUUAUUUUUAAUUAAUUUCUCAGUUUCUUUAAAUGAAAAAACUCAUGUUGGACUAGAUCAUGUCUAAGAUCCCUUCCAGUAUCAACAAUUUGUUGUCUUACCACUCUUAUUAAACAUUUAUAAUGUGAAAA